UGUGUGUGUGUGUGUGUGUGUGUGUGUGUGUGCGCGCCUGCAUGCACGUGCAUGUGUGUGUGUGUACUUAUAUGCAAAUUCGUCAGGGUUGGUGUGCUUGCGUGUGUGCGUGCGAGCAAGGGUGUGCGUUUGCUUCUAUGUGUGUGCCAAAUAUUUUAAAUUCCCUUCUCUUCCUCUAUUGUUUGCCUUAAUGAGAUAGCUGUCCACUACUUUGGCUCAUAUUUCAGACAUAUUUUCUCCUCUACAGUACCAUUUCCAAUUGGAUUCCAUCCAGAUAACCCUCAAUGCUCAUAGCAGCAUUAUGAAUGGUGACAUGAUGGCCUAAGGAAUGGCAAGUAGCCCAGGUAGAGAGCCAGCAACUCUGAUUGAAAGCUCAGAUUCAAUCUAUCCACCAUGGCUUUAGUAGCAUAUUCAUGCAUAGCUUAGCUUUUUUUCAAUGCUUUUGUGUCUGUGUGAUGAAUAUUUGAAAGGUCGAGGGGAAAUUAAAAAGUGGAAUACACAAUUUUACAAGGAGGAUCGGAGGAGUUAUAGUGGAUGUUCAGUAUUGAAAAGCAGGCUGCUUUUUUUUUUUUUACUACCAUACCAUUUAUGAGAGCAAUUCUGUACUCUGCAUUUGAAUUACUCAUUAUAGUGUUCCAUUUUAUACAUACCAGUGCCAUUUAUAGAAUAACAAAUUGUGCCAUAAAAAAAGUAUCUAUCCUGCCACAGACAACCAUCGGUUCUCCACUGUUGGUAAAAUAGAUACUUUCAGGGUAUGCUGCCCUUUCUGAGCCCAGCCCACCAUUACAAAACUGUCAUCAAUGGGUUGUAUUUCUGUUUAUCUGCCUCUUCGCUUGUAAGUACGACUCACAUUGCCAUUUCAGUCCUUUAGAUGACGCGCAACUUCUUUUUUAUGUGUAAAAAAAAAAAUGACAUGGGAUUUCUAAUAUUGUUUCCACUUGAUUUGUUACCCCAUCUCUUUUCCAUGCCCACAUAUUGUUUCUGUAUGUCCAAAUGUGUCAUGAUAGUAACUCUUGCAGAAUAUACAGACACCAGACGGUUCCAGUCUGUCAGUUAAAACCAGGCAAACAAUGCUACCAUGUGUUCUCCAGGGCUGUAAUGUCUAUGGGACAUUGUGUCAGCUUGUGUGGUUGAAGGUGUUUUGUGCUGCGUAUAAAAGGCCAACUAAUUGGGCAUGAACUUUCUGGAAAACAAAGUCUCUGGUAGAUGUAGUUUGUUUUACUUUUUAUUUUGUUUUAUCGUCUUCAUUUUGGCUUCACAUAAAACCGACUGAAACUGAUACCACAGAUAAAAAUAGGAUUUAGUUUAGCUUCAUUCUAGUGAAGGCAGCAGAAAAAUAAGUGCUAUGUUCUUUGAUUAGGCAAAUGUAGAACUCCCUACUUCUGUAGUUCGCCACUCUUCAAUCACACGCUGUGACGUCUAUUGUUCAGUCGUACCAUUUGCAACAAUCACAUGUCCCUGUUUCUCCCAAAAAUGAUUGAUUGGGGUCCAGGACAGUUCCUCUUCAUCGAUGGCCACACUACAUAUUUGUUUGUCUAUCUGCUUUUAGUAUUUAUGAAAUCUUUUGACAGGACUUUUUCUUGAAUAUAUUGACAUUGUAGAGAACCAUCAAGAUAGGCUUAUACACCACUUCCCCUGAUCUCAGAAUGUGAAAUGACUUAAAUUACUAGACAAAUUAAAAAGGUAGUUGUUUAGCUAAAACUAUUUUCAUCUCUUGUAUAUCAUAUAUCUAUAGUGAGGAUGAAUAUAAUGCCAAAUAUUCAUUAUUUGUAAAUAAAUAUAUAUAAAUAUAUUAAUAUAUAAUAUAUGCCUCAUUGAAACAACUAUUUUCUGCUUUUAUUCAUGUUUUGUUAUCAAUUUGUUCCUUUGUUCUGGUUAUUUUGAUAAGCUGUGAUGAUGGCAUGCAAAAUACUGAUACUGAAUGUAUAAUUUGUUUAUUCAUUGUCUUUUAGUUAACAGUAUUGACACUGUUACAUUUAUAUAUUUAUUUAUUCAUCUGUUUAUCAAAGAUGCAUUUAUAUAUGUUUUAUAUAUUAUAAUGUUUACUGAUUUUCUCACUGUAUUUUUUUUUAAAAUCUCUGUUGUAAACACAUCACCACUGUAUUUCUGUAUUUUACAAAAUGUUUCAAAUUAACUCUUUAAAGAUUUUGCCUCUUAAAAGUAGUUUAAUCAUUGCUGAUAUCAUCUGAUGUAAAUACUUCUGCAAUUAAAUUUUUUGAUGAAAAACAUUUAAAAGUUUGAGGGACUGGGUGGUGUCUCGUCAUUUGCCUUUCCUCCCUCCAUUUAAACUAGUAGGUACUGCGUGUAGUGUAAUUAAAUAAUGACGGAACUAUGUGAUAUUAUUCUGCUGCCUAUUAUACUGCAUAUAGACAGGACAAUACCCAAUUAAUCACUAAAAAGAGCCUCAAGACAUACAGAUGAGAUUAAACUAUCACAGGGAGGGAUUUCCUAUUUUCUUGUCUUAUGGCCAAAUUGGAUUAAUAUGAUAACUAACCCGCUGCUGAAUUCACAGACCAACUCUGUUUGCCUAGAAUGGACGAAUAAGGUAAGUUAUUAAGAUUUGUAAGGCAAAAGAUGACGUUUUGCUACAAUGGCGAUGACUCGGCAUAUACUGUUGGCUUAUUAGCCAAAGCAAUUUGUUUUGUUUCAGGAACGAUACAUUAUGUUCUGUUAAAUUUGAGAAUAUAACCUGCAACAAUGUUGCAACUGAGGUAUCGUAACAACGUGGUCUCAGAGCAUUUCGUAUGAUUCUGUACGUCAAUGCAAGAACCACCAUUUAGUUGAUAUGUUAUGAAUUCCAAUUUGUUAUGGCUAACGUUAGCUAGCUCUAGGGGCUAUGAGUUAGGUAGGUAAAAGGGUUAGGGAAGGGUUAGAUAACAUACUAAGUAGUUGAAAAGUUGCUAAAAUGCAAAAGUUGUCUGUGAUUAGAUUCAAACACACAACACCUUUGGGUUGCGAGACGUUCCCAUCCACCCCGACCAACCACCCUUUGGGUUGUUAGACGUCUUAUACGCCCGACCAACCCCCUCCUUUCAUUCCCAGCUAACACAGUGGAUCUGGGCCAAUUCAGGCUGAGAGUCAGGGCACUCGGCUGAGACUCGGGCCAAUUCCAGUGUGAGUUAUCUGGUCCAAAUGUAUUACUUAGGGCUCGGGCCGAUUGUGGCUACUCUCUGGCAAUACAUGGGCUGCAUUAUAUAAUUAACAUUAUAUCAUUUUCCCAUAUUUUCUCAUUGUUUCUGUGAUCAAAAAAUAAAAGAAACAUUACAAUUAAAUUCUUUAAGAGUCUUUCAUGUUUAAGUAGUAUUUUAGUACUUUGUGCAAGGCAAUUGAUCAGCAUUAAAAACCUAGCGGAUGGGGUCUCCCGAGUGGCGCAGCGGUCUAAGAAGCUGCAUCGCAGUGCAAACUGCUGUUGCUGUAGUUGCUGGUUCGGUACCCGUCUGUGUCGCAGCCUGCCUUUGCCUUUCCCGAGGCCGUACAGGAGUUGCAGCGAUGGGACAAGACUGUAUGACGAAAAGGAGGGUGGUUGAUAACUAACCCAUGGGACACUUCAGUGAUUACUGGUUACUCAACUCUGUGAGAACUCCACGGAUGUAAGAGCAACAGACAUCAUCCACCAUCCCACCCACACAAAUCAACAUGACCUCCCAGCAGGCCAGCCCUUUGCUGUCAUUCAAGGACCCCGCUGACCCCAGUCUGGACUACUUCUCCUGGGGCCUUCGCCUCCAGAUCAUCGGCCUGGGCUUUGCCUUCUACACUGCCAUCUUCCUCCUCUCCCAGCUGGUGUCCACGGCCCUCUCCCAGACCUACCACUCUCUGCUGGUCAAGGAGAAGGUGUUCUGGAAUCUGGCAGUCACACGGGCUGUGUUCGGCCUCCAGAGCACGAUGGUGGGCUUACGGGCGCUAACCGAGGACUCGGCCGUGUCAAGGGACAGGAUAAGAGGUCAGGAGGACUGGUCGUGGUUCACCGUGCUCACCGCCACGGGCUUCUUCCUGUUUGAGAAUGUGGCGCUGCAUCUCACCAGUGUGGUGUUCAGGUCCUUCGACCUCGCCCUGGCUACCCACCAUUUCUUUGCCCUGUCGGGGUUCGCUGGGGCCGUGGUCUGGGACUCACUAGGACAUUACCUGCCCAUGGUCAUUCUGCUGCUGGAGAUGAGCACGCCUUUCACCUGCAUCUCCUGGAUGUUACUAAAGGCUGGCUGGGCAAGGACCCUCUUCUGGAAGGCCAACCAGUGGGUGAUGAUCCACAUGUUCCACUGCCGCAUGGUGCUUACCUACUACAUGUGGUGGGUGAGCUGGAGCCACUGGGGGGAGAUGAACAUGUACGUGGCCCUGCCCCAGCGCAUCCUCUUCUGCACCGGCCUGGCCCUGCUCACAGUGCUCAUAAACCCCAUCUGGACACACAAGAAGACCAUGCAGCUCCUCAACCCUGUCGACUGGAACUUCAGCAAUAAGCCACCACCCAAUGGCCCCAGUGGGGAGCGGGAAGAGAAACCUCAUGAGAGCUAAAUGGGGCCAAGGACUGUGAACCUGUUUUGUGGAGUUAUGUGUUUCUUUUUCUAUGCUUGUAAAGGAGAGGAAGUGUGAUUCAAAUACUAUUUCUCACUAACUCUGGCUUUUAAGUUUGUAACGGAGAGGAAAGGCCAUUUUAAAGACUAUUUUCUUACUAACUCUGACUUUUAGUGUUUGAAGUGUUUUGAGGAUUUCAAGUUAAACUGAACUACUGUGUUUUUAAGGUACUCAGUAUAGGUCUGUUGUGUCUCUACAAGACGUGGGUGAAAGGGCCUUUGAUGACAAUAAAUGUCAUAGGUGAACUUAACGUUUUAUAGUAGAAAAGCGUUGGCCUGACCCCUAUGCCGUUGGUUAUUCGCAGUUUUUGUUAGAGUUGUUUUAUUGAGAGGGAGUGCAGACGGACAGGGAGAAAGGCAUAUUAUUGUUCUGUCUACUCAGUUCAGCUUCCAGCAGCAAGGUGUGAAUGUGUUAGUUAACCUCUCUGGAAUGGGGUGUUGGCUGGUUUGAAGUGCAUUUACUGGUACAGUGUGUGGUCACUCAAACGCUAUGUGCUGAGCACAGACAGGUCCAUGAGGUAGCAGAUGUACUCGCUGAGAACAAACUCAGUGACAGACUGAGACUGGAGAUUGGAGACUGGGUCACGAUCUGGCAGAUGAGGAAGGUCUCACAGCUUUCAAACGCAAUUGGAAGGCAAGCCACUUCUUUCUGUAUCGUAAAAAAUGCUUUCUGACUUUCUUCAGAGUAGACUGUAAUGUGUACCGGUAGUGUUGUGGGCUCUAGUUGAAUCUUUAUCAAUUAAUCUAAUUUCAUCUUGAGGAAAUGGUUCCUGUAUUCUGUGGCUGUCCGAGUCGUAUCUUUGAUAGUGGGGUUAACUUGAUAGUAUAGACUCCGUGUAGACUCUCUAAACAUGUGACAGUGGAUGCUAAGAGAGCUGUGAGAAGCAGUGCUGUUUUCAGUGGGAGUCACCAAAGGGAGUAGAAUAGACUGAUAACAAGCACCACGGUGCAGGCCAAAUGGACGGUCUUGUCUUCCUUUUGUAACGUACCAACUCUCUACCGCUGAUCUGUCGGAAAACUAAGUUGGGGGUGAAUUCUUUGUGUAAUCUCUCCUUUAUGUUUGCUAUCUCCUUGGACCUUCUGUACACCUGCAAAUUAGUCUUAAGUGGACAAUUUGAACCCUUAACCUGGUCAUUUGUGGACAAAGAUGCAUUUCAGUCCUGUAGUCUAGCAUAGAGCUCUUUGGAAACUACUCACCCACAUUGAACUACAUCCAGACUGCCAUACUGUACUUGACUUGAGGAGAGGCGUGGAAAACAGAAAUAGAAAUCAUGGUGAUGUCAUUUUAAAUAUUGAAUAGCUCCCCAUGUGUUUAUGCUAGAGACUUACCGUUUCUUGCAGUGGCUGCAGCUCAAUCCUCUCUUUCUGCCGAUUUUAUAAAGCUUGCGCCUAUUCCAUAAUAUGGGGCUUGUGAAAGUGGUAUCUUUCUACACAAAGGAUCCAGACAAGAAAAUAGUCACGAAAUCAUCUGUAAAACCCGAACCGUUUGAGCUACAGACUAAUAAGUCACCCCCCAUCAAAAUAUGAUACUUUAAUAUUUUCAACACGACUGUGUCAUUUGUUUUGCUCUUUGACGCACACAAGCUUCAGCAGAGUCGUCUGAAGGUAACCCAGGACCGGCCUAUAAAAAUGGCCCAAAGUUCCACGAAUAAAGUGACCAAACAUGGGUCAAAUUGUUUUUAUUUUUAUUUUUUAUAUGUAAGAGAUAGGACAAACACUUCAAAACCUUAGUCCUUUUGACUGUGUUUUGCCAUGUACAAAUGUGUUAUUCAAUGUGUUUUUUUUUUAUGGGCUAUAUAUAUAUAUAUACACACACACACACU